GAGAAUAGCAUUGGCUUCAUAGGAAAACCUGUUGAGAGGGCAAGGGUUACUUUGAAAAUGUUUCAUAGAUACUCAGGUCCAGUCCAUUUUUGGUUCACAAGCAUCUGCUCAUCGACUAUGGAAAUGGAUAUAUAAACUCCUCUUGCUCAUGAAGGAAUCAUAAUUCAGUAGCUCUGAACCCCUCGAUCUAUAUUACGACCCCGACUGAAGCCCUCAGUGAAAGUCAUUGAUACUGUCAUCGCCAAAAAAGCUCCGAUCUCCGCGAUGAUUGAAAGUGGUCCCCAAGAAGCUGGGAAACUCGAAGUUACCCAAAACUCUGACCAACACGUUAAUGAAGUUUGAUACCGCUUCUCCCGAAUCCAACUUGCAUCAACAGGAGAAAUAUGAUUUUCGCUCCUCUGGAAUUCCGAGUUCUCCGGUGGAUUCGCUUCAUUCCAUCGACUCUGCUUCGUCCGCAUCAAUCGACUACAGCGUGAGCCAGUACAUGGAUGAUCGUUCUUUGUCCUCCCGCGAACGGUUCAUCCAAUGGUAUCGCAUCAGAGGCCCCCGACGCAUUAUACUGCCUUCUGAAUGACGUCAAUGGUUUCAUCGUUGAUGAACAGAUCUCCAUUCAUCUUAUUUUAUGGCAAGAAGCCAACUGGAAGACAUUUGUCAGGAUACUCAACUAUGGCAUCGGCGCUUAUGUUUUCACCCAGUGUUUUUGUCAUUCUUUAGUUUCAUAUUCUUUCAUCCACCACUCGUUACUUGAUGACCACUUGGGCCAGAUCACGGCAAGACACCUUCUUUUUCAUGUUCACUCCCAUUUAGCCUCUUGAUAGUUGUGGAUUUAGUUUCAGUUCUAUGUUCUCUAUUUGUGUUUAUCCCCUCUUAUCAUUCUCUUUUCGAACAGAUUCGAUCGAGUGCGGCGGAUUCUCUCUUAGUUUUUCCUCUUUUCAUCCUUGUAGUUUUCUUAGCCUUCACUUUCGGUUUGUCAUUUUUGUAUUUUAUCUCUUUGCCUUUGUAAGCUUUAUAUUAAGUCACUUCCAAUCUUUCAUGAAUGCAAUUCAUGAAAUAUCUGUGGACACUGUGACAAAGAAGAACUGUUUUUCUCGGUUGGAAAUCUUUUCAAUUACACCACAGGUGACUGAGAUCAAGAAACUUUCUCAGUAUUGAAAUAACUUUUCUUUUUCUGUGUUUAGGUUGAAGUUUGAAAUGACACUCAAGAUGUCCCC